AUGGUUUCCUCCUCACCAAAAUCCGCAUGGCAUAUGUGGAAGAUAUGCCAAUUAGCGUCACUGUUUUUAUCUAUCUAUCUAUCUAUCUAUCUAUCUAUCUAUCUAUCUAUCUAUCUAUCACAGUCUCUUCAUAUCUAUCUAUCUAUCUAUCUAUCUAUCUAUCUAUCUAUCUAUCUAUCUAUCUACCAUAGUCUGUUCAUAUCUAUCUAUCUACAAUCUGUUCAUAUCUACCUUUCUCUCACUAUCUAUCUAUCUAUCUAUCUAUCUAUCUAUCCCAAUCUGUUCAUAUCUAUCUAUCUAUCUAUCUAUCUAUCUAUCUAUCUAUCUAUCUAUCUAUCUAUCACAGUCUUUUCAUUAUCUAUCUAUCUAUCUAUCUAUCUAUCUAUCUAUCUAUCUAUCUAUCUAUCACAGUCUUUUCAUUACCUAUCUAUCUAUCUAUCUAUCUAUCUAUCUAUCUAUCUAUCUAUCUAUCUAUCACAGUCUUUUCAUUAUCUAUCUAUCUAUUUAUCUCUGACUUAUACAGAAGCCAAUGGACAACAUUUCAACUUCUUUGUACCCUUCGUAUUUCCCUGGAGUCAUGGUUCAUUCACCCCAGAUAAAGCAGGAUAUCUCCUUGUACGGAAGACAGGAAUGUGGUUCCUACAACACUGGGCUAAUUUCCAAAUAUUCUAUACGACCCUGGCAUGGACAUAUCUCAAACGCAUUGAUCGCACAUGCGGCAUGUUUCAAAAUUCAUUAUAUUCUUAUAAUAAACAUAAUCAAGUAACAGAUAGACUUGAAACUUCUCUGGUAUAG